GCCGGAUAAGGCGCCGUGGCCCGCAGGCCGAGCGCGAUGGAGCCCGGGGGCCGGGGCCCGGCCCGCAGCCUGCUGGCCCUGGCGCUGCUUGCGGGGCUGGGAGCCGCCGCAGCUGCCCAGUGUCUCGACGGAGUGAGGCCAUGUGAGAACGGAGGCCGUUGUACCCUGCUCUCUAAUGGGGAGGCCGCUUGUGUGUGUCGCCCGGGGCUGAUCGGGGAGCGAUGCCAGUUUCAGGACCCUUGCCACCGCUCACCCUGUGCCAAUGGGGGCAUCUGUAAGAGCUCUCUCCUGGAAGGCACCGUGCAGUACACAUGCAGCUGCCCUCGGGGCUUCCGAGGCCAGGACUGUUCCUUAACUGACGCCUGCGCCAACAACCCCUGUGCCAAUGGCGCCCGCUGCACCAACACCAACGGCCGCUACAACUGCACCUGCCCCCUCGGCUACCAGGGACGCAAUUGCCGCAGUGACGUGGACGAGUGCCGGGCUGGGGGCGUGUGCCAGCAUGGGGGCACCUGCCUCAACGUGCCGGGCUCCUUCCGCUGCCAGUGUGAGGCUGGCUUCACUGGGCCCCUCUGUGAGAGCUUCUACACCCCUUGCACGCCAUCCCAGUGCCUCAACGGGGGCACCUGCCGCCAGACCGGAGAGCUGACCUACGACUGCGCCUGCCUGCCUGGGUUUGAGGGGCACAAUUGUGAGGUGAACAUGGACGACUGUCCUGGCCAUCGCUGCAUGAACGGAGGCACUUGCGUGGAUGGGGUCAACACGUACAACUGCCAGUGUCCUCCUGAGUGGACAGGCCAGUUUUGCACAGAGGAUGUGGAUGAGUGCCAGUUGCAGCCCAAUGCUUGCCACAAUGGCGGCACCUGCUUCAACACCAACGGGGGGCACAGCUGCGUCUGUGUGAACGGCUGGACCGGUGAGAGUUGCAGCGAGAACAUCGAUGACUGCGCCACGGCCGUCUGCUUCCACGGUGCCACCUGCCAUGACCGUGUAGCCUCCUUCUACUGUGCCUGCCCCAUGGGCAAGACAGGGCUCCUGUGCCACCUGGAUGAUGCCUGCGUCAGCAACCCCUGCCACGAGGAUGCCAUCUGUGACACCAACCCCGUCAAUGGACGUGCCAUAUGCACCUGUCCCCCAGGCUUCACCGGGGGGGCCUGUGAUCAGGAUGUGGACGAGUGUUCCAUCGGUGCCAACCCGUGUGAGCACUUUGGGAAGUGUGUGAACACCCAGGGCUCGUUCCAGUGCCAGUGUGGCCGUGGAUAUACCGGGCCCCGCUGUGAGACUGACAUCAAUGAGUGCCUGUCGGGGCCGUGCCACAAUGAUGCCACCUGUCUGGACCGCAUCGGGCAGUUCACCUGCAUCUGCAUGGCAGGUUUCAGCGGCACAUACUGUGAAGUGAAUAUCGAUGAGUGCGAGAGCAACCCCUGCGUCAAUGGGGGUGUCUGCCGGGACAGGGUCAAUGGCUUCAGCUGCACCUGCCCCUCUGGCUUCAGUGGUGCCAUGUGCCAGUUGGACAUUGAUGAGUGUGCCAGCACACCCUGCCAGAAUGGUGCCAAGUGUGUGGAUCGGCCCAACGGCUAUGAGUGUCGCUGUGCGGAGGGCUUUGAGGGGCCCCUGUGUGAGAAGAAUGUGGACGACUGCUCCCCGGACCCCUGUCACCACGGGACCUGCCUGGAUGGCAUCGCCAGUUUUUCCUGCGCCUGCGCCCCGGGCUACACCGGCUACCGCUGCGAGAACCAGCUCAAUGAGUGCCACAGCAACCCCUGCCAGCACGGUGGCAAGUGCAUCGACCUGGUCAACAAAUACCUCUGCUACUGCCCGCUGGGCACCUCAGGCGUGAAUUGUGAGGUAAACAACGAUGACUGUGCCAGCAACCCCUGUGACUAUGGCGUGUGCCGGGACGGGAUCAACCGCUACGACUGCAUCUGCCAACCUGGCUUCACAGGGCCCCUGUGCAAUGUGGAGAUUAAUGAGUGCGCCUCGAAUCCGUGCCGGGGCGGAGGCACCUGUGUGGAUGGAGAGAACGGCUUCCGCUGUCUCUGCCCCCCUGGCUUCCUGCCCCCCUUGUGCCACACUCAGCGCGACCAGUGCAGCAGUAGCCCCUGUGCCCACGGCACCUGUUUGGAUGAUCUCAGUGGGUACCGGUGUGAGUGUGAACCAGGCUGGGCCGGCCCCAACUGUGAUCAGAAUCGCAACGAGUGCGAAUCCAACCCGUGCCAGGCUGGGGGCACCUGCACCGAUUAUGUCAAUGGCUUCCAUUGUACCUGCCGGGAGGGAUUCCAGGGCUCCUACUGCCAGACCAACAUCAACGACUGUGCCUCAGCCCCCUGCCUCAAUCAGGGGCUCUGUGUGGAUGGCAUCGCCAGCUACACUUGUCACUGUCACCUGCCCUACACCGGCCGCAACUGUGAGAAUGUACUGUCUCCCUGCACCCCCAACCCCUGUGAGAACGGGGGACACUGUGAGCACACUCCAGACUUUGAGAGCUUCACCUGCACCUGUGCUCCAGGCUGGCAAGGUCCCCGGUGCCAGCUGGAUGUGAACGAGUGUGAGGACAGUCCCUGCCGCCACCGGGGCACCUGCACCAAUCUGCAUGGCGGCUUCAGCUGCGCCUGCCGCCCCGGCUACACCGGGCCCACCUGUGACAGCGACAUCGACGACUGUGCCCCCAAUCCCUGUCUGAAUGGUGGCUCGUGUCAGGAUGGCAUCAGCUCCUUCUCCUGCACCUGCCUCCCCGGCUUCACGGGUCCCCGCUGUGCCACUGAGAUUGAUGAGUGCCAGAACUCCCCCUGCCACCACCGGGCUACCUGCACGGACUAUGUGGCCAGCUUCACCUGCACUUGUCCCCCUGGCUACGGGGGACUCCUGUGCGAGCACAACAUCCAAGACUGCACCGACAGCUCCUGUUUCAAUGGGGGAACCUGCGUCGAUGGGAUCAACUCCUAUACCUGCCACUGCCGACCUGGCUUCACCGGCAUUCACUGCCAGCACCCAGUGGACAAAUGCCUCUCCCAGCCUUGCCAGCACGGUGGCAUCUGUGUGGAUGGGGUAGAGAGCUACCGUUGCUCCUGCCCCCAGGGCUACACGGGGACCCAGUGCCAGACGUUGGUGGACUGGUGCAGCCGGGCGCCCUGCCAGAACGGGGGCCGUUGUGCCCAGACCGGGGCUUCCUUCGCCUGCCACUGCCUUCCCGGUUGGAGCGGCCGCUACUGUGACAUCCCCAGCCUCUCCUGCAAGGAUGCUGCGGCUCAGAGGGGGGUGCGACUGGACCAGCUGUGCCGGGCGGGGGGCCGCUGCGUGGACACAGGCAGCACCCACUACUGCGUGUGCCAGGCCAGCCACACGGGCAGUUACUGCGAGCAAGAGGUGGAGCACUGCGCCACUCAGCCCUGCCGCCAUGGGGGCACCUGCCGUGGCUAUAUGGGGGGCUACAUGUGUGAGUGUCCGCCCGGCUACGAGGGUCCAGACUGUGAGAGCGAGGUGGACGAGUGCGAGUCCCAGCCCUGCCAGAAUGGAGGCUCCUGCAUUGACCUCAUAGGCCGUUACGUCUGUUCCUGCCCCCCGGGCACACUGGGGGUCCUGUGUGAGAUCAACGAGGAUGACUGUGCCUGGGGCCCCGGGGAACAGGGCCCCAAGUGCCUCCACAACGGGACCUGUGUGGACCAGGUUGGGGGGCACCGCUGCAACUGUCCCCCCGGCUACACCGGCCGGCGCUGCGAGGGGGACCUCAACGAGUGUCGGGCCGGGGCCUGCCACGCCGCCCACACCCGCGACUGCCUGCAGGAUGCCAACGGCUUCCAUUGCUUGUGCAAGCCUGGCUUCUCUGGGCGCCGCUGCCAGAACCCGGUGACCCCGUGUGAAUCUCAGCCCUGCCACAAUGGGGGCCAGUGUAAGCUGAGCCUUGGCACGCCACUGGGAUACACCUGCCAUUGCCCCCUGGCGUUCUCAGGUCUGACCUGCGAACGGCCCACUCAGUGGCAGUCGUGCCGGGACCUGCCCUGUUUCAACGGCGGCUCGUGCCAGCUCACCCCUCUGGGGCCCCGUUGCACCUGCCCCCCGGGUCUGGCCGGGCCUUCCUGCCGCCUGCGGGCCAACAGCAGCUGCGCGGGAGCCCCUUGCCGGCACGGGGGCACCUGCCACGAGGUGUCCCGCGCCCCCUUCUACCUGUGCCAGUGCCCGCCGGGCUGGGAGGGGGCCCGCUGCGAGGGGCGGAGACGGGUGGCUCUGGAGCCCCCACCCCAACUGCCCCCAGAGGAGCCGCUCUGCCCCCGGCCCAGUUGCCGGGACAAGAAGGGUGACCGCUACUGUGACCGCGAGUGCAACUCCCCCGCCUGCCAGUGGGACGGGGGCGACUGCUCCCUCAGCGUGGACGACCCCUGGCACCAGUGCCAGGCCCUGCAAUGCUGGCGCCUCUUCAACAACAGCCGCUGUGACCCAGCCUGCAACACCCCUGCUUGUCUCUACGACAACUUUGACUGCCACACGCAGGAGCGCAGCUGCAACCCCGUGUACGAGAAGUACUGCUCCGACCACUUUGCGGAUGGGCGCUGCGACCAGGGCUGCAACACAGAGGAGUGCGGCUGGGACGGCCUGGAUUGUGCUAGUGCUGUGCCCGAGCUGCUGGCCCGGGGCGUGUUGGUGCUGACCGUGCUGCUGCCCCCCGAGGAGCUGCUGCGCUCCAGUGCCAGCUUCCUGCAGCGGCUCAGCGCUAUCCUGCGGACCACCCUGCGCUUCCGCCGGGACGCCCAGGGAAACCUCAUGGUCUUUCCCUACUAUCGCUCUGGUCACCGGCCCCGCCGGGAGCUGGCACCUGAGGUCAUUGGCUCAUUGGUGAUGCUGGAGAUAGACAAUCGCCUGUGCUCCCAGGCCCCCAACAGUCACCACUGCUUUCCCGAUGCCCAGAGCGCCGCCGACUACCUGGGGGCCCUGUCAGCCGUCGAGAGGCUCGAGUUCCCCUACCCGCUCAAGGCUGUGCGGGUCGAAGGAGAGCCACCGGGACAAGCUCCCGAAUCAGGGCUGCGGCUUCUGCCCCUGCUGGUGGUGGGGGCCGUGAUCCUGCUGGUGAUCCUGGUGCUCGGGGUCCUGGUGGCGCGACGCAAGCGGGAGCACAGCACCCUGUGGUUCCCUGAGGGCUUCGCGCUCAACAAGGAGGCUGGCAACAAGGGCCGGCGGGAACCCGUGGGCCAGGAUGCCCUGGGCAUGAAGAACAUGGCCAAGGGCGAGAGCCUGAUGGGCGAGUCGGCUGAGGACUGGCUGGACACCCAGUGCCCGGAGGCCAAGAGAUUGAAGGAGGCGGAGGCUGGCGGGGAGGCGGAGAACCCUGUGGAUUGUCGCCAGUGGACCCAACAUCACCUGGUGGCGGCUGACAUCCGCAUGCCCCCCUCCAUGGCCCUGACUCCCCCCCAGGGCGAUUUUGAUGCCGACGGCGUGGAUGUCAAUGUGCGAGGCCCCGAUGGCUUCACCCCGCUGAUGCUGGCCUCAUUCUGCGGAGGGGCGCUGGAGCCGGCGCUGACCGAGGAGGAGGAAGGGGAGGACGCUUCGGCCAACAUUAUCUCGGACCUGAUAUGUCAGGGGGCCCAGCUGGGUGCCCAGACCGACCGCACCGGGGAGACCGCCCUGCACCUGGCUGCCCGCUACGCCCGGGCCGAUGCCGCCAAGCGGCUGCUGGACGCCGGGGCCGACACCAACGCCCAAGACAACACCGGCCGUACGCCCCUGCACGCUGCCGUCACCGCCGAUGCCCAGGGGGUCUUCCAGAUCCUGAUCCGCAACCGCUCCACGGACCUGGAUGCCCGGAUGGUGGAUGGCUCGACGGCGCUGAUCCUGGCGGCCCGGCUGGCAGUGGAAGGGAUGGUGGAAGAGCUGAUCGCUUGCCACGCCGACGUCAAUGCUGUGGAUGAACUGGGUAAAUCUGCGCUGCACUGGGCUGCCGCUGUUAACAAUGUGGAGGCCACUGUGGCCCUGCUCAAGAACGGGGCCAACAAAGACAUGCAGGACAGUAAGGAGGAGACCCCUUUGUUUCUGGCGGCCCGGGAGGGCAGCUACGAGGCAGCCAAACUGCUCCUGGAUCACUUUGCCAACCGGGAGAUCACGGACCACCUGGACCGGCUACCACGGGACGUGGCCCAAGAGCGGCUGCACCAGGACAUUGUGCGGCUGCUAGAGGAGUAUAACACGGCCCGCAGCCCUGCUGGCCCCCAUGGCCUCUCGCCCCUGCUCUGCCCAGCGGGCGCCUUCUUACCCGGUCUCAAGCCCACCCCACCGGGGGGCAAGAAGAGCCGGCGUCCCCCAGGCAAGGCCGGGGCAGGGCCAGGUGGGGCCAAAGGGCGGAGCAAGAAGCUCACGCUGGACUGCCCGGGCCCCCUGCUAGAGAGUUCGGUCACCCUGUCCCCUGUCGACUCCCUGGACUCGCCCCGGCCCUACGGGGGGCCCCCCGCCUCCCCGGGGGUCUUCCCCCCAGCUCCGCUGUCCGUCCCCUCCACCCCACUGGUGCCCGGGCUGCUGGACGGGCCCUACGCCGUGUCCUUGGCCCAGUUGGCAGAACUGCCUCUGGGCGGGGGUGGCGGGCGAGGCGCUCUGGGCCGGCCCCCUGGGGGCUGCGUGGUCAACCUUGGCCUGGUGAGCCCUGUGUCCGUGCCCUUUGACUGGGCUCGGCUGCCCCCGGCACCCCCCACUGGGGGCUCCCACCCCAACUUGCACCCCCCCGGCCCUUCCUUCCUGCUGCCUGGGCCCCUGCCGCUGGCCCACAGCUCCCAGCUGCUGACUCCCCAGCCUGGGCCGGGGCCCAAGGAGCUGCUCCCCCCGGCCCGGGCCGGGGCCCCCAUCUCCCCCAAGGAGCGGCCCCCCCAGUACUUCCCGCCGGGGGCUGGGGGGCCCGAGGAGUACCCCACACCCCCCUCCCAGCAUGGCUAUGUGCCCUCCGCCCAGGGCAGCCCCCCGAAGCACUACUUGCGGGUGCCCAGUGAGCACCCUUACCUGACUCCUUCCCCAGAGUCCCCUGAGCAGUGGUCCAGUCCCUCCCCCCACUCGCUCUCAGACUGGUCUGACUCCACCCCCAGCCCUGCUGUGGCCCCGACCCCCCAGACCCAGCUGGCACCCCUGCCCGAGGCAGGCUCCAAGAGGCAAGUGUUCGCAUGAAGCCAUGCUUCCCCCUCACAACCCCCCAGCCCCCAGAACGGGGCUUGUCCUCAGAGGCGUACGUCCGGGGGGACAGCCUCAGCCCCCAGGCCAAGUUUGGGGUGGGGGGCUGAGGCAGUCUAGGGGGGCACGGGCGGGGGACGGGGGACGGAUGGCCUUCUUUCUUUGGGGUCCUCAUAGCCCCCUGCUGCCACCUUUCUUCUUCCUCCUUUUCUCUCUCUCUCUCGCCGCCCCACCCCUCGACUAUCAUUUCCAUCUCUCUGACACAAGUAUUUUUUUUUUACAUUUUGUAUAGAACAAAGUCAUUUAAACAAACUUAUUAUUUUUUUUUUACAAAAUAUAUAUAUGGAGAAUGGCCCUCCGAUACCCUCCCGUCCCUCAUGACCCUCCCCUGCCACCCUACUAACCUGCCCUCUGCCUCUCCUUGCCCCCUGGGCUCCCAAGGGCCCAGCCACUGUAUCGUGUGUACUGGGUACACAGCUGUGUGAGUACGCCACAGGCCUCCCCUGCCCCUGGGCAGGAGGGGCGGGCGUGGAGCCUGCGGCCACUUUGUGAUGGGGGGGGGGGGGCGGCGUGGCACCCAAGUUGUGACCCUCUCCCUGCCCUGUCUCCCCUCGGCCAUCCCUUCCACUUCACCACAUUCCAGAUCUAAUUUAUUCCGUGGCUUUUUGGCAUCUCCUGUGGCGGUUGAGGGCGGGGGGCUCGUUUGCACCCUCUCGUCCCCCCCUCCACCCCCCGCCACAAAACACCCUGCUGCACUCCCAACCCCACCAGCUCUGGGAUCCUAUCUGAUCUGCCACCUUUCCUGGAAGGAUUUGGGAUUGUGUGGGUGGGUGGAUGUAGCCUAAGCCCCCCACGGGCGAGGUCAGCAUUUCCGCUAGAAAAUCCGUACAUUUCAUGAAAAUCUUUAUGUAAAUAUAUGUGCUGGGCGGGGGGGGGGCCUUGGAAGCAAAGAGAGGGGAGCAGGACCCCCACCCCCACGCCUGCCCGUCCUCCGACCCCUGCCAGAAAUAGAAGGAUUAUUUUUAGGAUAUUUUUGUAAUAUUGUCUCCUGUUGUGAGCAGACCCUGUAGCUGCCGCUCCCCGCAAGCUGCCUGCCUAAUAAACUUGUAGUUAGUGCGC